UCCGUACCUUUAAUUUAUGCGCGUUUAUGUGAGCUCAGUACCACCACGACGAUAGCCAAAGGUUUAGCUCACCCUGGCCAAUUUCUGUUAAUAGAAAAUGGCGUUAUUGACUCCGUUAUUUGCGUUUUUGUAUCACUUGCCACUGGUCUACAAAUGGCUGCUGAAGCCGUAUUAUGUCGCUUCAUUGUUUAUGUCACUUGCUUUCUUAGCGAUUCGCAAGACGCCUGGAAUUUGCGAACACCUAUCAACGACACGAGAAGAUGGAAACUCCUGUGACUUUGACUGGAGAGAAGUGGAGAUCCUGAUGUUUCUCAGUGCCAUCGUAAUGUUGAAGAACAGAAGAGCAAUCACAGUGGAACAGCAUGUGGGAAACAUCAUCCUCUUCAGCAAGGUGGCCAAUGUGUUCCUGUUCUUCAGGCUGGAUAUCCGCAUGGGCCUGCUCUACCUGACUCUCUGCAUUGUGUUCCUUAUGACCUGCAAGCCACCUCUGUACAUGGGCCCUGAGUACAUCAAAUACUUCAAUGACAAGACUAUAGAUGAGGAGCUGGAGAAGGACAGCCGUGUGACCUGGAUUGUGGAGUUUUUCGCCAACUGGUCUCCGGAGUGUCAGUCCUUUGCCUCUGUCUAUGCUGACCUGUCACUGAAAUAUAACUGUGCUGGUCUCAAAUUUGGGAAGGUGGAUAUUGGAAGAUAUGGAGAGGUGUCAAAGAAGUACAGGGUCAGCACGUCCCCUCUGUCGAAGCAGCUCCCCUCGCUCGUCCUCUUCCAGGGGGGCAAGGAGAUCAUGAGGCGUCCUCAGGUGGACAAGAAGGGAAGAGCAGUUUCCUGGAGCUUCACUGAGGAGAACAUCAUCAGAGAGUUCAACUUGAAUGAAUUGUACCAGAAGUCAAAGAAGCUGAGCAAGAAGGGCGAGAGGAACGAGAAAGCCAUCGAGUCCCAGUUUCCCCCAGUGCCCGAGGAGGAGGAGAUGGAGGCUGAUACCAAUGCACAGGAGGUGGAGACGGAGACCAAGAAGGACAAAUAGGAGGGGGCAACAGGUCCCCCCUCCCUGAAUGUUGUGGCAUUUUCAAAGGACUGACGUGUGUUAUGCAAAGUAUUCAAGCAAGAGUGGACUGUGUGAGCUUAGUGGUACUGAAUGGGAACAAGUUAACUGUUGUUAAUUUUGUUUGUUUGUUUGUUCUCCGUCCCUCCCUUUUACAAUUUACAAUACGCAAUUUAGUUGCAAAAACGUUUAACUCACCACAUUUAACAAAGUAACAUAGAUCCUCCAUGAUGAUUCCAGUGAUGAAUAGUGUCCUUUGCUGGACAUCUGCUACACAUAACUAACUUUUUUUAAAAAAAAAAGGUAAGAAUAUUUUAAUGAGGCAUUUCACGCUUUCUACCUCUGGUACCAUCAACUGCUAUGGAUGUGUCAAGUCCUUCCACAGACGAAAAAGAUGUGGGUAAGAAAGAUGACUACUUUUUACGAUUUUUUUUGAGCCAUGAGAUACUACUGGUCAUUUUUUGUUUAUUUUUAUUGUUUAAUUGUUAUUUAACAUCCUCUGUUGCAUAUUAUUUGUGUACAUACAAUGAAGUUGUUUCUUAGCAUGUUGGAAAGGGAUAAGAGACAGUAGAUUGGAGGUGUUGCGUUGUCAUCACUACCUUUUAUUCCAUGGUUCCGUCUCGAUUAUCAACACUCCAGUCAUUCCAGAAAGGGUCCUGGUGACCAUGGCAUUCCCAAAGAUGGUGGCAUAUAGUGGGUGGCAUAUAUUCAUCAGAUUCCCACUAUUCAUUCCUUGUUUCCCGCUGUCACACUUCACACAUCCUAGUUUAACAGGGGAAAAUCUCUCUCUUGUGUUGUGCAUAUUUCCUUCUUAGAAGGAGGUCCAAGUCUGAAGAGACUGAAGUCUUUAAUGUAUUUAUACAUUGUACGGUUUCCAUUAAGCAAAGAUCAUUUAACUGUAAUUUAAAUAUUCCUUCAUUUUCUGUUGUGGUCCUCAGAAUGAGUAAUAUCAGUUGAUUGAAAACCGCAACAAAUCCCUCAACCCCAUCACAUGCUAAAAGUCAACUGAAGUGAAGGGGAAUUCCUGCUGUCAACCUCUUUAUGUGCUUUGAAUGAACGAGCCUUGCCUUUUUUGGUUAAUUUUUUUUUCUCAUAUAAAAUAAAACCACAAGUAACUUAA